AUGGCAUGGAUGCCGCAGCCCGACGCGUCCGAGAUUCCUCCUCGGCCUCCAUUGGCCUCUCAACAAUCCAAUUCACUUCCCUCCACCCCUUACCAACAUGCGCGCAAUCUCUCCUUUCACUCCCGGUCGCCGUCCCCCGCCCGCGGAAGCACCUCUCCUCGUUCUACCCAUUCUGAGUCGACACAUUUACCCCCAUCGGCCCGGAAACCUCUCGGUGGUUGUAAAUACGAGACCGCCAUGGCAUAUUUUCGAAGACGAAUACCUUACAGCCUGGGAGCGGAUUUAUUACCAGAGGAAAAGGAAGGGUUGAAGGAGAGCCUCGAUCCGGAGGAGGAGCGCCGACUGACCGCGGAUAUUAUGGAACUUUACGAUCGCUUGUUACCUUCUGCCGAAAGUGAUGAUCGGCGGCGGCAACUCGUUCGGAAAUUGGAGAAACUAUUUAAUGAGCAAUGGCCUGGACACGAGAUCAAGGCGAACGUCUUUGGCUCGUCGGGCAAUAAGCUCUGUUCGAGUGACUCGGAUGUGGACAUUUGUAUCACGACGAAUUUUAAAGAUUUGGAACAUGUGUGUCUGCUGGCCGAGGUUCUGGCUAAGCACGGCAUGGAACGAGUUGUCUGUGUCUCCCAUGCGAAAGUCCCAAUUGUGAAAAUCUGGGAUCCGGAAUUGAAACUCGCUUGUGAUAUGAACGUCAACAAUACCCUCGCAUUGGAAAACACCCGCAUGAUCCGGACAUACGUCGAAGUGGACGAACGAGUACGGCCAUUGGCGAUGUGUAUCAAGCACUGGACGAAACGACGGAUCCUCAACGAUGCCGCACUCGGUGGAACAUUGAGUUCUUAUACUUGGAUCUGCCUUAUCAUCAACUUCUUGCAAACGAGGAAUUCCCCGGUCUUGCCGAGUCUUCAAGCUCGCCCGCAUAAAAAGCGGGCCACUCCGGACGGAUUGGUGUACUCAUUCGACGAUGACCUCGAAACUUUGACUCAAUUUGGUCGCAAGAAUAAAGAGACUGUCGGCGAGUUGUUGUUUGGGUUCUUUCGGUACUAUGGGCACGAAAUCGACUACGAGAAAAAUGUCAUUUCGGUACGCGAGGGAAAGUUGGUCUCUAAAGAGGGCAAAGGGUGGCAUCUUUCGGUCAACAAUCGGCUGUGCGUUGAGGAGCCCUUCAACACGUCAAGAAAUCUGGGCAACACGGCCGAUGAUACGUCAUUCCGCGGUCUACAUAUGGAGCUUCGGAGAGCGUUCAAGUACGCCUCAGAUGGUGAUUUGACUGGUUGCUGCGCCCAGUUCGAGUUUCCGCCAGAAGAGGAACGGACAUGGGAGCGACCCCCGCCACAACCGAGGCCUAUCAUCACCGCGUCCCUUCCAACCCGAGGAGGACGCGGUGGCCGGGGUGGACGAUAUGGCAAUCAGUACUCUAGGGGAGGUUUUGCCAAUGGUGGUCGUCGAACAUCGAACACUGGGAAUAAAUCCGCCUUCCGACAAGGAAAUACGGCGAGUGCGAGCGACCUGUCUCUACAGGCGCAACAACAGGCUCAGUUUCUGUUGCAUGAUCAGCUCUAUCAACAGAUCCAGCUCCUCCAAGCACAGGAACAAGAGCUGCGCAUGCAGCUCCACAAUCAGGCGUUGAUCACUGGACGGCCACCACCAGUAUUCCUUCGCCAGCCUUUCAUCCAGUUCCCCAUGCCGCAGCAGCAAGAAUAUACGGGUGAUGAAACUUCAAGGUCCAGGUCAGGAACCGUGAACCAGCCACCUCUCACACCGUCAGGCCGGCAGCAAAACUUCUACCCGAGUCCUACCUAUGCUUCCGUCAGUGCGGCCGGCACCCAGGGUAGCACCACGAAUCCGCCCUCCCCAUCCGCGACCAAUGCUCACCCCGAUCUCCGGCUGAAUCCCCGACGCUCUUCAGUUGUGAAUGGGUCGCCAAAGGCAAAUCUUCGAGCGCAAUCCCAGCCUGCACGUCCUCAGAAUUCCCCUUCUCUCCCGACGUUUACUCCUCUGUAUGCGAUCCCCCAACCAUUGGACACCUCGUUUGGAUCUAGACAGCAGUCGAUUCCCGAACCAUCGGAGGGUGGCGAAGGCAGUGGAGAUGAGAAUGCAAUGCCACCCAAUAGCCUUCCUAGCAACGGCUCACGCUCCGAUUCUGUGGAUGAAAGCCGGGCUCAGGAUAUGAUGGGUUAUUAUCUCACCCCGCAGCAACUGCAGCUUUAUCAGCAGAACGCAAUGUUGCCUCCGUUAUCUUCACCAAUGGGUCUCACGUUGCCAAAUGGCUAUACGUCGUUCCUGCCGGUGCAGCAGGACUAUCGCUCCGGGUCAUUCUCGUCGGACGGAAUGAAUGGGCGCUCUGAUCAAACUCCAACACCUGCACCUCGGGCUUCCGGUUCAGGACAGCAGCGCUCAACCUCGAGGCCCGCGCCGGCUGCAGAUCGGGGUCCUUUGAUUGUUGAUGGCUCGGUGCCGCCUAGUGAGCCGCGCCCACAGUAUACGAUGGAUCUGAUCGAUCCAUAUACUGCCGUGACGCAUUACACGUCGACUGCGGAUGACCACAACAUCAAUACGCCAGCCAGUUUCUCUGAUUCCCUGUCGCAAGACUUCCAGGACCCAGGCCCGUUCGAGAUGGAGCAGCCCCCGGUCUUCACGAGGGUGCCAUUUGAUGCGCCAAAGACGGGUAAUGUCAACGGUCACGAUACAUCCUUGGAAAAGGUCAAUGGGCAACCGGAGCUCCUUGCCAGUCGUCUUCAGAAUCUUCAUUUGUCGAAUGCCGAAAAGCUGGCCCAGUCGCAGACAACGAUGAAAGCGACUUCAGACCGACAGAAGAACGGCACUGCGCAUCACGGACCGAGCAAAGAGGUAGCACCGGCGAAAAACUCGGCACCCUCGGGUGACAAGGCUUCUUCUGGGGCGAACCAGGGCAAUGAAGCACGUCAACAGCCAUCCAAUUCGAAGCGCGGGCGACCUAACGGUGUGGAACCAUCUGAGAAGGCCAAUGGUGUCCACCAUGGAAAUGGUAAUGGCCAUGGCCAUGCCAACGGCCACGCCCACAGCCACAAUCAUAAGUCCAAGGCCAAGGGGAGACAGGAUGCAACGAAUAACUCUUCGAACCCGUCGGGCGAUUCCAAGGACCGAAACAACGACCAUGCCCCUCGAAAGUCGGGUGGCCAAGCAAACGGUGCCAACGAGGCCCACCACAGCGGAUGGCAGACUACUGGGAAAAAGAAGCACCGCAAAAAUGCCAAGUCCUCUGCUGCCGAGCAUCGCAACGGUGUCAAUGGUGGCCCUGAGCCUCUGCCCGCAGACGAGUCAUUGCGCAAAGGCGGUUAA